AAGUGCCACAUCAGCAGUGCCACGUAAGCAGCAUUGCCACGUCAACAACAUGACGGGCCUGCCAGGCCAGCUGGCCAAUGAGACCAUUGCCGCUUACAAUCAGCGUUGCCUCGCUCAGAUAGAGGCUGAGGAACAACGUCUGCUAGCAGUCGAGGCUGCCCGCAUACAAGCUGAAGAGGCAGCAGCAGCAGAGAAACUGCGGCUACAGGCCGAUGCAGAAGCAGAUGCCCAGGCUCGCCAAAGGACGCCCAGGAUCUGCUGCAGCGGCAUGAAGCCAACAGCAUCGACAGACUCAAAGUUGGAGAGACAGCAUCAGGAAUUGGCGACGCUCCGCCGCACAGUGCAGAGCCACGAGGAUGCAACUCGGGCACUCAAUGCCCGAUUGUUGGACCUGGAACAGGAAGUACCAGGACCAGCUGCUGGAGCUUCCAGCAGUGCACCCUCAAGCCGCCAACUGGAGGACCGCGUUGACCACGUAGUGGCAAUGCUCGGCGACAUCAGCACCUUCGCUGCGCCGACCACCACCAUCAGCAGUCAGCUGCAUACAUUGAAGACCGAGGUCCAGAAGCUACAGUCGACGAACGCGGACGACAAUCCGAAGAUGUACAAGAUGCCAACUUUCAACCUGGAGAGGUUCGACGACUACACGCAGCAGGAUCCCGUCCUCUGGUGGGAAGCAUUCACAACGCAACUCAGGAUUCUGCAAGUAACCAAGCAUGCGUACAUCGACGCCCUGUUCCUGAACUCAAAGGGCGGAUCCCAGACCUGGUUGAGCCACCUGGCAACCUCCCACGGCGUCGACGUACCAGACUUGAAGGACGUAAUCACAUGGGAGGAACUGACACGGCUGUGGAAGAAGCGGUUCAUCGUCGACGGCGCGCCGGCACUCGCCAUCAACCGUUUGUUCACCAUGUCACAGGGCAACACAGCAACAUGGGACUGGCUCACGAAGUGGCAGAAGAUUGCGGCUGUGCCCAAUCUGAACCUACCAUUCGAUCAUCUACGCCGUGAGUUCUACAACAGGUCCUGUGCGGCAUUGAGUCAGGCUCUUGGUGAUCGCGAGCAGUACUCAACCUUCGCGGAGAUCAUUGACAAAGCGAGGGAGAUCAUCAAGACCAAUAGGUCAGCUGCACACGAGAAAUCAACAUCAUGGCAGCCGACCUAUGUGGCGAAGGUACGAAUUGGUCCGCGACAGCAGCACUUUGCUGCAGUCCAGCAGGACAAUGGAGAUAACCCAGCAGCCACUCCAACAUUAAUACCAGCUCCGUUGAUGGACGUCGGAGCAGAGGUUGUCGACCUUCACGCUUUCAUCGCGAAGAUCGACCGCGAGUUCAAGACGCAACGGUACGACGACAUCGACGCACCAUUGCUAUACAUACGCAUUCAGAUCGGAGAGGUGACCUGCAAUGCCUUGAUCGAUUGCGGAGCAUCUCGCAACUACAUCAGCCAGGACUUCAUGGUACGCGCCGGCCUUGGCCCACGUGUCUGGAGGAAGUCCCAGCCUACGCAAGUCACCGUGGCAGACGGUCAUACACACAAGUCCAUCGACCGGUGCAUUGAUGCCGUCCCAGUGUACUUUGCCCCUCACGCAAGUGAGGCGGUGUCCUUUGACAUUCUAGACACCAAAUUCGACAUGAUCUUGGGCAUGUCAUGGCUGCGAAGCAAGGAUCACCCGGUGAACUUUUGCAACCGCACCGUUCACGUUCGUGACCGGAACGGAGUACUAGUUCCAUGCACGGUGCCUCUUCCUCAUCCUUCGAUCAGCUGCCACGUGGUAUUCGCCGCAAGCAUGCGAGCUUCCAUCAUCAGAGACGACAUCGAGGARAUGGGGGUGUGUUUUCUCCAUGCCCUCCCGCCACAUGACGCUUCAUCGACAGACUCACCUUCGGAUCCACGCAUCACCGAACUUCUCGACGCCUACAGCGACGUGUUCGAAGACCCGCAUGGAGUAGUACCGGAUCGACCCAUCCGCCACGAGAUCAUCCUCGAGGACGGGGCCGUACCUCCUCGCGGUUGCAUCUACCGAAUGAGCGAGGAAGAGUUAAGUGUGCUUCGGGCACAACUCGACGACCUUCUAGAGAAAGGCUGGAUUCGGCCUAGCUCAUCGCCAUACGACGAUCAAGAACGCCGGCCACGCAUCGACGACCUUCUCGAGCGAUUGGGCGGCGCCCAGUUCUUCUCUAAGUUGGAUCUCAAGUCAGGGUACCACCAACUCGAGAUUCGCAAGGAGGAUCGCUACAAGACCGCKUUCAARACUCRRKAUGGGCAUUUCGAAUGGCUGGUCAUGCCAUUUGGCCUUACGAAUGCCCCAGCCACUUUCCAASCGGCUAUGACGACGGAGUUCCGACACAUGCUGGAUCRUYUYGUACUUAUAUACCUCGACGACRUUCUGGUUUACAGCCGGAGUCUGGACGAGCAUGUGGAACACCUGCGCACCGUUUUGGAGCGGCUACGACAGGCCAAGUACAAAGCAAACCGCGACAAGUGCGAGUUCGCACAGCAGGAGCUGGAGUACUUGGGACACUAUGUGACGCUGCAAGGCAUCCGUCCGCUUGCGGACAAGAUCGAGGCCCUACGAGUAUGGCCCGAGCCCACCAACACCACGGACGUUCGUUCAUKCAUGGGGUUGGCGGGCUACUAUCAGCCAUUCAUCACUGGAUACUCCAGGAUUGCUGCACCUAUGACGAGGUUACAGUCGCCAAAGGUGCCAUUCGUAUUCGAUGACGACGCACGCCGGUCAUUCCAAGCACUUAAGACGGCUAUGCUCAUGGCACCCGUCCUUAGCAUUUAUGACCCCACCCUGCUGACACGAGUGACUACGGACGCUUCCGGCUAUGGCAUUGGGGCAGUCUUGGAUCAGCAGGACGGCGACGACUGGCACCCUGUGGAGUAUUUCAGCCACAAAGUGCCUCCCAUCAACUCGCUUGAUGAUGCAAGGAAGAAGGAGCUGCUCGCAUUCGUGAUGGCUCUCAAACGCUGGCGGCACUUCCUCCUUGGGCGUCGUAGGUUCACAUGGGUCACAGACAACAAUCCAUUGACCUACUACAAGACGCAGGACACGGUGAGCAGCACGAUCAGACGAUGGAUGUACUUCAUCGAUCAAUUUGACUUUACACCAAAGCAUGUGCCCGGCCUCUCCAAUCGCGCAGCAGAUGCACUCUCGCGAAGACCUGAUCUUUGCGCUAUGACACAUCAUGCCUUCGCAUUUGAUGAGGAGCUUCAGCGACACUUCAUCCGGGCAUAUCAGUCUGAUCCGGACUUCGGCACGCUCAAUGCACAGCUAUCUUCGGAUCACCCGCCGGCCAGCCAUUACCGCAUCGCCGACGGGUACUUGCUCCUCCACUCGAGAGGCAAGGACUUACUAUGUGUCCCACGUGACCGUCGUCUUCGGACUCGCCUCCUCGGCGAGUACCAUGAUUCACGACUCGCCGGCCAUUUCGGAGUCAACCGCACUAUUGCACGACYUCGACAGCGAUUCCGAUGGCCCGACCUCAUUACCGAUGUCACUCGGUAUUGCGACUCUUGCGAAGUUUGCCGACGCAGCAAGCCCCGCAACCGCAAUCCCUACGACGAGUUACACCCGAUGCCUAUCCCACGGGAACCCGGUCUCUCCAUUGCCAUGGACGUCACCGGUCCGUUUCCUCGCGACCGGCUCGGGCAYGACGGCAUCCUCACGGUUGUGGACCGAUUGAGUAAGUAUGCGCGUUUUCUCCCUUGCAAGUACUACUCCACGGCUCCCGAGCUGGCACGCCUCCUGCACACUGGUUGGAUUUAUGGCCACGGUGUACGAAAAGACAUUGUCAGCGACCGCGACACUCGUUUCAUGUCGGCGUUUUGGACUGCUCUCAUGCAGGAGUCCGGCACAACAAUGAAACCAAGUUCGGCUCGACACCCUCAGACAGACGGGCAGACGGAGCGGGCACAUCAGACCGCUCAAAUGUCGACAAGCCACGAUCGAAGGACAGCGACGACCAUUGCUCCAAUCGUAACAACCGCUUUUCGGUUGUUGCGCAACUUGUGGUCGAUUCAGACCUGCAUGUCCUUGACUUUUGCUACGGCUUUCCCGGGACUGUCGGCGAUGCGCGUGUUCUGAAGAAUAGUGAACACGUCGCUGUACAGGCGAGC